GGCGGCGUCCUCACAAUGAAAGCAUACCAGCGAGACUUCCGAUACCACGACAAAACAACUGUCUCUGCCGUCAUGGUAUCUCUCCAAAACGUCGGCUGUUUCCUCGCUGCUCUAUGCAUCUUCCCAAUCUCUGAGCGCUUUGGCCGAAAGAAGACCAUCCAAGUCGCCUGCAGCAUCUUCGUCACCGGAGUGAUCUUACAGACCAUCCCAUCGCAUUCCUUGCCUUGCUUCUACAUUGGACGGUUCACCGCUGGCCUUGGACUUGGUGGAGUGACUGCUAUCGUUCCCUGCUACAAUGCCGAGCAAGCACCCAAGGAGAUUCGCGGCCGACUUGGCUCAUUCAUGCAGCUUCUCUUCACCGUAGGCGUGAUGAUCUCAUACUGGGUCGACUAUGCUACAGUCAAAACUCUGCCCAUCUCCUCAGCACAAUGGCAGAUCCCCGUCGGAUUGCAAAUGGUCCCGGCUUUUGCUUUGGGUUUCGGACUGUUCUUCCAAAAGGAGAGCACUCGAUGGCUGGCGAAGAAAGGUCGCAACGAAGAAGCAUGGGAAAGCCUGACGUGGAUGCGCGCCGACGAUGGUGCAGAGGUCAAGGCCGAGUUCGAGGAGAUCAAAGCCGGUAUUGCCGAAGAGGCUCGUGCGAGGGAGGGUCUCACGAAUCGGGAACUGCUCGAACCUGCCAAUCGGUACCGUCUUGCCCUGGCGACUGGAGUGUUCAUGGGACAGCAGACCACCGGAAUGACGGCUCUCGCGUAUUUUGGCCCUCAAUUCUUCAAACUGCUAGUCGGAUCCUCCUCCUCGAACCUCCUUCUCAUCACAGGUCUUUUCGGCGUUGAGAAGUUCACCAUGGUCGGAAUCUACCUCCUCUUCUUCAGCGAACGCUGGGGCCGUAAGCCGACACUUUGGAUCUCCGCCCUGGCCAUGUCCGUCUGCUUCGUUAUCGUCGUGGUCAUGAACAAGACCACCGCGAAACCUGUCCCCGGGCACGCUUCUUCUGCUGGCAUCGCCACUGUGGCCAUGAUUUUCUUCACGAACUCGAUCCAUCAGUUCAGUUGGGCACCUGUGCCUUGGCUGUACACAUCUGAGAUAUUUCCUUCACGCAUUCGAGAAGUCGGUGUCGCCUGGGGCGUGGCGACAGGAUGGUUGUUCAACUUCUUGUUCAGCUUGGUCACGCCGUACAUGAUUGCUGCAUGGGGUAUCUACGUCUUCCUCUUCUACAGUGGUCUCCUCGUCAUUAUGGCAGUAUUGAGCUUCAUGUUCCUUAAGGAGACUAAGAAUAAGACCCUGGAAGAGAUGGAAGCUAUAUUCAACAGCAGAGCGGCGUUCGACAACGAGGCUGUGAGGAGGAAAGCACUCGAUAAUAUCAGUGAGGAUCAGGUUGAGGAAGUGCAGGUUCUUGGGAAGAGCUCGGGAUCGCAGCAUGAGGUUGGGAGAUAG